CGCAGAGCUGGUGGUGUCGUCCGUCCCGCCGCCGUUGCCAGCAUCGCUCUGUGGACCGGGACGAGGGGAAGGCUGCGGCGUCAGCGCCGGAGGAGAUUGCGCGGGCUGGUGAGUGGCACCGAGAGUGAUCGUCCGGACCGACAUGGAGAGGAAAAUGCUGCUGCCGGACAGUCUCUGGGAGGACGAAGAGGGUGAGUCGGGCCCCUCGACGGGCAGCGAGCGGCCGCGGCCCUCCUCAUACCGGGCGCUGCGCAGUGCCGUCUCCACCCUGGCCCGCAUGGACGACUUCUAUUGCGAGAAGAUCGGUUCCGGCUUUUUCUCGGAUGUGCUUAAGGUCCGACACCGCCAGACAGGGCAGGUCAUGGUGUUGAAGCUCAACAGGGUGGAGAGCAAUCGGGGCAACAUGCUUCAAGAAGUGCAGAUGAUGAACCGUCUGUCUCACCCCAACAUCCUCAGGUUCAUGGGUGCGUGUGUUCACCAGGGACAGCUGCAUGCAUUGGUCGAGUACAUCAAUGGGGGAACCCUGGAGCAGCUGCUGGAUAGCUCUGUUGCCCUCCCCUGGUCCACGCGCAUCAAGCUGGCCCUCGACAUAGCCUAUGGCAUGCACUAUCUGCACUCCAAGGACUUCUUCCACCGGGACCUCACUUCUAAGAAUUGCCUAGUGCGCCAUGAGACUACUGGCUACACAGCUGUAGUUGGUGAUUUUGGAUUGGCAGAGAAGAUCCCUAUUUCCAGAAAGGAGUCACUGCCUGUGGUGGGCUCUCCAUACUGGAUGGCGCCUGAGGUGCUGCGAGCGGAAUUCUACAAUGAGACGGCUGAUCUGUUCUCAUACGGCAUCGUCCUGUGUGAGAUCAUUGCUCGCAUCCCUGCUGACCCUGACUACAUGCCCCGCACUGAGGAGUACGGCCUGGAUGUCAACACAUUCCGCAGCAUGGUAGAAAUCAGUUGCCCGAUGGCCUUCCUUGAGCUCGCUUUGAACUGCUGCAAUAUGGAGCCCACCUUACGCCCCUUGUUCAUAGACAUCACAAGGUGCCUGGAGGAUGUCCUGCAGGAGCAGAGGUGCGCUGAAGGAGACAUAACUAUGCCUUCUGAUGUUGGAGAGAGCUCACUCAAACCUGGGACAACAGCAACACUCAGUGGGGUUGCCAAGACAGCAUCUGACCUCGCCAAGUGCUCACUCCUGCGUGAGCUGGGGACGCAGCACCAGCAGCCAGACCAGAGCCUCUCCCACAGCCAGUCUGAGUCGAGCGUCCUCCAGCCACACACCCUGACAGAGCCUCGCAGUGGGGCCAAGACCAAGGAGGCAUCACCUCGUGUCAACCCGUUCUCCCAUCGUGAAGACCUGAAGGGGGGUAAAAUCAAGCUCUUCACGCCCAGCAAGUCACCUGUAUCACUCUCCUUCAACCUGCCAUGCACUGACACACUGCCUCUCAGUGCCUUUGUAACACCCAGGCCUGCCAUCAAAAAGCAAUGUGAUUCCUCAGGCCCUGCUACCACCUUAAAGUGCUCUUCACUGCCUCCCACCCUAAAGCUGUCCCACCAGGAGAGACAGGCAUUAGAUGUAGGGUCCCCUUGUCCUACUGACGACCCCCAGACCCCUUCCCUCCCUCAUUCUGCAACCUUGAGCACUGGGGAAGAGGACUGGCUGGAAAGUAGCUCUGGCUGUUUCGAGCUGCCACAGUCCUCCACACCACGCCCUGGCACCCUCAGAAGAGCAUUCUCAGGCACCCAGCAGGGAAAGACCGAUGUGGUGCCCAGUACACCCCUGGAAGGCUUGCCUGAGCUCAGCUCUACAACAGUAACAAUGGAGCACAUAGUGCCUGCACUUGAGCUGUCUGAGAGCUCCAGCAGUGCGCUGGAACCACAUGAGGUGCUGCCCGGUUCUGGCCACCAUGGGCCAGCCCUCAGGCCAUCUAGCCAGCAGAGCUGCCUUUGCCACCACCAGAAAGUCCCAGGGCCAGCAGAGCCCAAGCCAAAGUCACCAGAGGGAAAAUCCUAGUGCUGGGGACGCCUGGGAAGUGGUUCCAGCCACCCCUUGGUUCCCUCUGUAGCUGCAAGCAAGGGGUGUUGUCAUUCACUUUGCUUCUGGUGCUUGGUUGGUGGUGGUCACAGUUCCCCAUGCCUUGUUCAGCCUGGUACUGCCCAUGAGUCCUUCCCACAGGGAUCAGCCUUGGGGGUUUGUGGGGUUUUCCAGGAGUAGGCUGAGCUGCCAGGGACUGAAGUGCAACAUCCCUUUCUGAACACACUUCCAGCACUGUCUUGGGUGGUAGGGCUGGUCCCCUUCAGUUAGAACACUCUGGCCUCAAACUCUGGUUUCAGGAUUCACCUUUUCUAAGGGCUCACUCACAGUAUCAUCAAGGUUGGAAGAGACCUCAUAGAUCAUCAAGUCCAACCCUUUACCACAGAACUCAAGGCUAGACCAUGGCACCAAGUGCCACGUCCAUAGGUGAUCUUGCUUACCUGGGAGAACACAGGCCAGGGGGUGAGUGGGUUUGGUAUGAGGAAAGCGGUGUCAGUCUGUGUAUGUGUGUUUUGAAUGACCUUUGGAGGUGGUGUGUGUCUCUGUGCUUCCCCACAAGUGUGGGGAGCAUAGCAGGUCCCUGGCAUGGGCUGGGCAAGGAUGGGAACCAGCUUUCCUCCCUCAUGCACAAGGCACUGGUCAAUGCAGAACUCCUGUCCAUUUAAUCUUUGCUACUACUAACACUUGCCCACAAUGCACACCUAGCUUAAUUAAAAUGUUCAAUAAAGGCACUGUCACAGCAA